GAUUUGUAUGCCUGUUUUGUGUACGGUGAAUUAAGUGUUAUAUUUUUAAAAUUAUAGUUAAUAUGCUAAUGAUUUAAAUGGCAAAGUACAGGUUUCUUUUUAUAACACGCAUUUAAUAAUCUGUGAUAAAAGUAUCUAUAGUUAGCAAUUGCUGUGUAUAAGUAAUCUGUGAUGACUGAUCUCAAUUGUGGUUGGCUGGCAGAACCGGCAGUCGUUACCGUUACUGUUUUGUUUUGACGGUUGGUGUAUGCAUAAGUUUUGUGGAUGUUGAAGUGUUUUCCGAAGAAUUGAUAGAUUUUAAACUGUUUUUUUGUGGAUUUAAAGAAGUUUGUGGAAUAUCUGAGCCAACAUGAUGAACUCUGCUUAUGAACGGCGUUUGUUGCGGAAACAUACUGGUAACUUAGGAUCUAGUGGUUCCUUAGAAGCAAGGCCACUUACAGCUGCAUUGCCACCAUCUGGAGGUUUCCUUGAAUCAAGCAGUGAUGUGUCCCCUGUCAUGGCACCGCCAGCAAAAAAACGACAUAUUUUACUGACAUCUGAGACCCCACGCUAUAGGAAGAUCGGUGAUCGAUUCAUUCCAACACGCAAUAGAAACAACUGGCUGACUAAAUUUGCCACUAUCACAGAGGAUGGCCAUAGUGUACUAACAAGAAAGGCUACUGAGAAUGGCCGCUGGAAUUGUGAUGGAUCACCAUACUCAUGUCUUCUGAGGAAUGAACUGCUUGGUGCUGGCAUUGAAGAUGUUAAAGACCAAUAUGAUGAGAGAGGGGCAUUGGUCCCACUGAAUGGAAGAAAUCUGUUUAAGGUACGGCAGCUUCACAUUGGUAUAUAUAGUUGAGGCAACAAUAGUGAUGUUUAUUUAAUUAUUUCUAUAUAUUUUUGCUUGAGUUUUACUGCCUGGAAUGUAGUGCUGUAUAGCACAAUGAAAGCCAAGCAAGAAAGCCUCAUGGAGUAUGCACCAAGUUGUGCUUACUCUUCGACCAUGAUGAUAGAGGUGAUAUGUUCCUCGAAAAUGUCUGUUGACUUUCGCAACUGCCUGGUGUUGUUAUAUCCCAGAAGACAGAUGUGUCCAACAUAUUUCUACCUGUUGACUCCUUGAUGUUGGUAUGCCUAGUUUUAUUUUGUAGUAUAUUACUCCCUCCAAAAAGUAUCCGACCUUGGGCUGGGAAAAAAAGUUCUGUAUCUGGGUGGUUACAAUACCUAAU